AUGUCUAAUCUUUCAAAUGUCCUACCAAAACCACGACAUCAGCUUUUAAGCUCGGAACAGCAAAACAAGUAUGAACAAAAGUACGAUGAGCUAGUAUCUAUAAAACAAAGGAAACAGCCACCUCCAUAUGGACAGAGAGCUGGUUGGAAACCAAGAAAUUCGGAAGAAUUUGGCAAUGGUGGUGCUUUCCCUGAAAUACAUAUAGCACAAUAUCCAUUGGACAUGGGUCGUAGGAAGACAACGAAAAGCGCCGAAUCUCUUGCAUUACAAGUAGACGCUGAAGGAAACAUUCAAUAUGAUGCUAUUGCGAGGCAGGGUCAUUCCGAAUCUCGUAUUAUUCAUUCACAAUUUAAAGACCUUGUACCUGUCAAUCAAAGAGCUGAUAUUGAAAAGGUUACUUUAGAAAGACCUAGCGAGGAUGAAGUAAAAGAGACAACAGAAAAAACAAGAGAAGCUUUAGAAAAGAUUGUACAGGGUAAAAUAAAAGCUACGCAACCUAAAAAUGUGAAAGUCAAUAAACCUCUAGAACCAACAUAUAUCCGAUAUACUCCUGGACAGCAAGGUGAAGCUUACAAUUCAGGUGCUAAUCAGAGAAUUAUUAGAAUGGUAGAAAUGCCAGUGGACCCAAUGGAACCCCCGAAAUUCAAACAUAAAAAGAUCCCCCGAGGUCCACCAUCACCACCGGCACCAGUAUUACAUUCCCCCCCUCGCAAAAUUACUGCCAAAGAACAACAGGAAUGGAUCAUACCACCUUGUAUAUCUAAUUGGAAAAAUGCAAAAGGAUAUACUAUUCCACUUGACAAACGUUUAGCGGCAGAUGGACGAGGCUUACAAGAAGUUACCAUCAAUGAUAACUUUGCAAAAUUGUCUGAAGCUCUUUAUGCAGCAGAUCGACAUGCUCGUGAAGAAGUGCGACAACGUGCUUUGAUGAGAGAAAAACUUGCUCAAAAGGAAAAAGAAGAAAAAGAAAAGCGUCUACGCAUGUUAGCGCAGAGGGCACGAGAGGAAAGAGCCGGUAUCUCUUCAACAUCUGGAGGCGUAUCCGGAACUGCUGCUACCGCAGAGUCCGAUUCAGAGCUUUCCAGAAUGGGCGCUGAACAGAGAGCUAAAUAUCUUGCUCGUGAGCAGAACAGAGAUAUUUCAGAAAAAAUUGCUUUGGGAUUGGCCAAACCAACAUUGAGUAAAGAAAGUAUGUUCGACGCUCGAUUAUUCAAUCAAUCUGAAGGUCUUGAUUCUGGUUUCAAAGAUGAUGAAGCUUACGAUCUCUAUGAUAAACCAUUGUUCGCUGGUACAAGUUCUUCAAGUAUAUAUAAACCCAAAAAGGAGUACGAUUCAGACCUAUAUGGAGGUGGUAAUGCUGAUAACAUUAAUAAGAUGCUAAGUGUAGAUCGGUUCGGAAUUACAAAAGGAUUUCAAGGAGCAGAUAUUGCACAGUCAAGAGAUGGACCUGUAGAAUUUGAAAAAGAAGAAGCAGAUCCAUUUGGUUUUAAUCAGUUCUUGGAUGAUGCUAAAAAAGGAAGUAAACGUGGAUUAGAUACAUC